AUGCCUCCUUCUGGGCCACCUCCGUAUAUAUGGGGAGUCCAUCCCAGGGACCAGCAAUACCCAAGAAAGCGGAAGGCCCCGCUUCUUGACGAAAUGCUGGUCACAUUCCCAGAUGCGAAACGGCUUACCCCAUCCACUGGCAAUAAGUACGAAGACAUUGUUAAGUACAUGAGGGAACGGCAUAGGGAACAGAGACAGCGACUACUGAGCCGGCACGAGAGGGAAUUCAAAGAAUGGAAAGAAGAGACUGCUAAGUGUAUUGACUUCGAAGCAACCUACAAAUACAACUUCCCUAUAGGUCGCCCAAAUGCCAUAAUGCUCCCCGAGUCCAUUGACCUCAUAUCCACCCCUGAAGCGAGAGCCUCUUUACAGCGACUACCGGAAACUCGUCGAAAUGUCGUUGUUUCGGUCGAACAGCUUAAAGUACCAGAGGGGCUUUCAGAAAUAGAUGAGUACCGAACGAAGCAGUUUUCACAUCCCGAAUUUUCCGCCGAAAUCGCAAGAUAUGGAGUUUCCAUGAGAAAGCAGAUGAGAAGAGAGGAGCAGGAAUUGAGGAUGUACCAGAAUGAAGCAAUAUCUAUAUUCUUCCAGGCCCUCGAGAGGAAUUACCCAGACAAGUAUGCGCCAACCUUUGGGCCUUACACUCCCCUCGCCGAUAAAAAAGAGUUUGGGUCAGAUAUUCGGCGCCCCCCGCCUCCACCCCCACUUUCUAUUCCCAAAGUCCCUAGCACAACCUCUGCUAGGGGCACUCCCCAGACAGGCCUUUUUACUUCCGCCGACGGAGAUGUAAUCAUGCGGGAUGCUCCACUACCUCCAAAGGCCGGUGCUGCUUCACCGGCAUUGCCAUCACCGGGCAUUAGUCGGGAUCCUCGCAAACCUCCGCCACAAUUUGAUCCAUAUAAGAUGCGAGUUGAUCAAAUUUCACCCCCCAAUCAGCCUCCAAGCUCUUACAGAGGCCGAGGGGAAAAUCCGCCCCACUAUAAUCGUCGCGAUGAAUCCCGUUCGUCAAAUUCCUACAGACGGCGCGACGAUCCAUACUCUCGGCGAGAAAGUAUUGAGUCGCGGGGGGCUGUUGCUUAUAGUAACAAGUUCAAGUCUCCAAGGUCACCAUCCUUGCGUAGCCCUUUCAACGAACACGAUAGGGGAUACCAGGGGCCGAGGCAAGAAAGCGAUCGAACAGGAGGACAGUCGCCAGCUGUCGGCAGAGAUGGUGGCGGGAGGGGUGCAAGUCCAAGAAACAAUAACGCAAUGGAUUCGGGGGAAACGUCGUAUAAUAGGCGUUCGAGUAUGUCAAACAUGAGGCGUUGA